AGCUUCAUGUACUGAUAAGAGGUAGAUACAAGAGAUAAGACACACAGUACACUGCAUGCUCUGAGCUAUAGUUUACAAGUUUACAAGUUCCUACAAGACGUGUGCUGAUAACACAGAGCGUAGUGAGUUUCAGCAGCUAAACUACAAAGUGUAAACUACACAGUGUAACCAUAGUAACCAGUGUAAACUACACAGUGUAACCAUAGUAACCAGUGUAAACUACACAGUGUAACCAUAGUAACCAGUGUAACACGGACAAUGUCCCUGAUAGAGACUGAAACUGUAGAGUCCCCCAGACUCCUCCUGUCUAAGUUAAAGAGAGAGAGACCUGUCUGCUUUAGACCCGAGGAGUUUUUUGAGGAUAAUUUCGAUGUGGACACGUUUCUAGCUUUAAACAGGAAGAGUUUCACUUUAGAGAGUCUGAAGAAAGAUCUGGAGAAUUACUCUACAACUAUACAAAACUCACUUGUCGAGCUCAUCAACAGAGACUAUGCAGAUUUCGUGAACCUGUCUACAAACUUAGUAGGAGUGGAUCAGACUAUACUAAAAUUAGAAGCGCCUCUAAUAGAUAUACACGCAGAUAUCAACAUAAUAUCACAGUCUAUAGAUAGUGAAGUGCAGCUUAUAGCUGAGAAACUACAACUCAGAUCUCAAAUAAGAAACAAAGAGGAGAUACUGCACGGGUUGAUGAAUAUUGAAAAGUUGACUAAUAAGAUAGAACAACUAAUCGACAAUCAGACUGAAGGAAAAGAGAGUUUGUUUGAGCGCGUGGCCAGUGAGUACAGUCAGCUCCAGUUCUAUGUUAACAAAAACGAGAAUCUACCUUUUGUCCAGAAUAUGAGACCGAGGAUAAAGAGAAUAAGUGACUAUUUGGAAGGUGGGCUUCACAAAUCAUUUAAAUCUGGGCUAAAGAACAACGACAAGAAUUCAGUUACACAGUGUUUGAGAAUAUUCACUACUUUAGGGAGAGUAGAUCAAUCUGAGCAGCUUUUUGCUGAUGCUAUCAUUGCACCAAUAAUCGAAGAGAUAGUAUGUAAACAGAAUUUGAGUGAGAGUGGCUUGGAAGGAAUGUACUGUCAAAUUCUAGAUGCCUUACCCGCUGCCACUGCUUUAGUUUUAUCUCUCACAUCCCCUAGAAAGGACAACGAACUCAGGUCUUUUGACUUCAUGAGUAACGCCACAUUUCCUACGAUAGUGAGCAAGAUUUGCACUAAUACUCCCGCUCUUUUCGCUGCUGGGGAUCCCAAACAGUUUCAGAAGUCGUACAAGGAGACGAUGAAGUUUAUAAGUGGAUUUGAGAAGUUGUGUCAGUACAAGGAGAGAGUUGCUAACCUCCGACAACACCCUUCUUACAAGAACUUCAUCUCUAAGUGGAGUCUUCCUAUCUACUUCCAGAUCAGGUUACAAGAGAUUGCGGGUUCCUUUGAACACCAGUUACUCUCGCCCUUCACCUUCAACACGGACAGACAGUCAGAAACAAGUACUUCCCAGACAGGUGUGAAAUACGCGUUACCUGUAUCCGUCAUGUUGGAGCUGUGUAUAAACCGUUGCUGGGAGGAAGACGUUCUACUUAAACCUCUUACUCACAGAUUCUUCAAACUUACUCUUCAGUUGUUGCGAAGGUAUGCUGUGUGGUUAUCAGAGAUCCCCACCAGUUCCGAAGAGUUGAUAGUAUCUGAUAUUUGUAAAGCUGUGCACGAUUCUUAUCUCAUUGUGGACCAGGUGCCAAAUUUUGUGAAGAAGCUCACAUCUGACAAAAUACCAGUGUUCGAUCAGACGGAGAUAUUGUCAAUAUCCUGCAAAGACAUACUAGACAGUAUCCCGGUGUUGGCUGAUUACGUCAUCAAUGACGUCAUCAAGCACUGUGAGAAGGCUCUGGAACAGACCCAAGCUGUACCGAGAUUGUUCAGGCGGACUAAUAGGGAGAUGCCGACAGAGCCACUAGGAUACGUGUCCCAGUUGAUAGGACCGAUAGAGACGGAUAUAUACAACUCUGUGCUACCUGACAUAGUCAGACAAGAGUGGUGCUCCAAAACAGCUCACCAACUUGUUACCAGAUAUAGUGAGACAGUGGCUGAGAUCCUUAUCUCCCUCCGCAAGACAGAAGACAGUUUGGCCAUGUUGAAACGAGGUCGGAAGUCAGCAGCCCAGACCGCGAGCACGACUAACUCCUGUACUGACGAAGAUAAGAUCAGAGCGCAGUUGAAACUUGAUGUUACCGAACUAGGGGCCAAGUUAGACAUAAUGGGUAUUCCUAAAGGAGAGGAAUUCGAGAAACUACAGAACUUGGUUGCUAAGCGUUAGAACUUAGUUGCUCAGAGUUAGAACUUGGUUGCUCAGAAGUUAACAGAUUUAAAAACAGUCCUACAGGGUUUUCUUGUGCAUGUUUUAUUUUUAACAGAAGAUAAGAGAUAAUAAUGUAUCUUGACAAUUAACUGAGAUAGUUUUUCAACAAAAUACUAUACAAACUUAAAGCUGCUGUUUAUUAUUUUAUUAUUUCAUUCUUUGAAUCCCAAAACAAUAUUGAAUUUGUAUACGUCCGAAGUGUACCUAUUAUUUUAGAAGGAGUGACAUUAACUUAUUCAGAGUUCUUAUUAGAAUGGGUUUGCGCUUUCUGUGUUAAAUUAUUGAUAAGUUGUAUAACAUUAGUAUUAAUUAGUUGUAUAAUUAGUAUUGUUUGAUAAGAUCGAGAUACUCGAGUUUAUUA